UUUUUUCCUUUUCUCUAACUCUUCGUCUCCCUCCCUCCCCGCAACACGUACAGCCUACAGACUUUCAAAAAACAAACGGCCUACAGACUUUCACAACGUCACCGACUUACGUAGGCCGCUUAAUUUUUGAAAAUCUGUAGGCUGUACGAGUUACGGGGAGGGGGGGAACACGAAGAAUUAGGGACGUUGACCUUUAACCUGACGGCGCGAGGUCAAAGGUUACCAACAAAAUGGCGCCCGCCGAAGACGCGGAGCUGAUUGGGCGCGCACAGGAAGGGUCGAGUGACGGAGGCCCGGCGUGAGCCUGCCCGUGGUCCGCCAGCCGGAGGAAGCGAGACUUAAGGGGCUCCCGUGUCGAGAGAGCCGGGAUCUUUCCGCCCGAGCGGAGCGGAGUCUUCGGAGGCGGUUCCCGGGUUGUCGCUGCGGAGAAACGCCGGACCAACUGCUGCUUUCCUCCCGGCUCCGCGCCGGCCGUAUAACGACCGUCGGAGCGGCCGACAGAAAGCCUCGCUUCUCCAAGGAGGGCAACUCCUCGCGACUCUGCUAAAGGCGCUAGUCCUCAAGAACACCCCGCUGCUCCCUGCGCCGUGGAGGACUCGGCUCCGCCUCAGAACCUCUUUCCUCCGCCUUCCUUACAUCCCCUGGAGAUGCCCCUCAGCUAACAGCACCGCGGUCCCUCCUAAGCGCUCCCUCCAAAAUGCACACGUUUUCAGCAGCUCCCACAGUGAAUUAGCCAUGCCUUAGAUUGACCUGGGAUCCUGUAUCCCGUCUCCCCCUCCGAAUGAAGUCGUCCAGAGUGCAGCUGAAUUACUGCUGGUGUUUGCUUUUCCUGACCGGAGCAUCAAUAAAAACCUGCCCUUAUUUUGGAGAUACCCUUAGACCUUGUCAGAAACCUUGGCAGCAGUCAGCUGCUGUCCUUUGAAUCAUGUGGAGGGGAAUGUUGAUGGUUUAGUGUUCUUUUAUUCAGAUAGAAGCACCCACAACACCCUAUCCGUGUUCUGAAGCAUAUCCCCAGAUCAGUCAUAGAGACCGUUUUUUUCACCAAGGAGGUGUCUGCAAAAAAAUAUCGGUACUUGGGUUUGAAAGUGCCUAAAGGGAUCCUUUUUUAGUUUAGAUGAUUCAGAAGUUGGCUUAUAUAAAUUCUCUUCCUAGCUAUGCUCCCUGGCUUCAUUACUUCAGUGGAUGGUAUUAUUGGUACUUGGCAUAUUGUAUAAAUCUUCCUAGUUUAACUGAUCACUGUUUUUCAAAUUUAGGGGAAACCCUUUAGAAAGUAAACUUCUGGCAUUCAGGCACUGAAGACUAUAUACCAUUUGGUUUUAUGGAUAAUGAUCCCUCUCUGGAUUUGUCCAAGUCUGCUGUUCGAAGACUUGCUGAUGAAAGAUCUGUAACAAAUUCAUAAAGAAAGACAAUAUUAAAAGGAUCCCUGAAAAGACUCCUGUUGAAGAUGGCGAUGUGUAUUUGAGUCUCACUGAGGUUCAGUGGUGCUGUUCACAAUGAACAGGAAGAAAGGAGACAAGGGGUUUGAGAGCCCCCGACCAUAUAAAUUAACCCACCAGGUGGUCUGUAUCAACAACAUCAAUUUCCAGAGAAAAUCUGUUGUGGGUUUUGUGGAGCUGACAAUAUUUCCCACUGUGGCAAACCUGAAUAGAAUCAAGCUUAACAGCAAACAGUGCAGGAUAUACAGAGUGAGAGUCAACGAUCUGGAAGCGGCCUUUAUUUAUAACGACCCUACGCUUGAAGUUUGUCACAGUGAAUCGAAACAGAGAAACCUCAACUACUUUUCCAAUGCUUAUGCUGCUGCGGUCAGCGCCGUUGACCCAGAUGCCGGGAAUGGAGAGCUGUGUAUUAAGGUGCCAUCUGAGCUGUGGAAACAAGUCGAUGAGUUAAAAGCCCUAAAAGUGCACAUCAACUUUUCUCUGGACCAGCCAAAAGGAGGCCUUCAUUUUGUGGCGCCCAACGUGGAAGGCAGUUUGGCAGAAAGGGGGGCCCACGUCUUCUCUUGCGGAUAUCAAAAUUCUACAAGAUUUUGGUUUCCUUGUGUCGAUUCAUAUUCCGAGCUGUGCACGUGGAAACUGGAGUAUACAGUCGAUGCUACAAUGGUGGCUGUCUCAAAUGGAGAUCUGGUGGAAACCGUGUACACUCACGAUAUGAGAAAAAAGACCUUCCACUAUAUGCUGACGAUUCCGACUGCAGCCUCCAAUAUUUCUUUGGCGAUAGGCCCAUUUGAAAUUCUUGUCGACCCGUACAUGCACGAGGUGACUCAUUUUUGUUUGCCUCAGCUUCUUCCACUGCUCAAACACACCACUUCGUAUCUCCAUGAAGUCUUCGAAUUCUACGAAGAGAUCCUCACCUGUCGCUACCCUUAUUCCUGCUUCAAAACGGUUUUUGUAGACGAGGCCUAUGUUGAAGUCGCCGCUUACGCUUCUAUGAGCAUUUUUAGCACAAACCUUUUGCACAGCGCGAUGAUAAUAGAUGAGACCCCGCUGACCAGGAGGUGUUUGGCUCAAGCCCUCGCCCAGCAGUUCUUUGGCUGUUUCAUAUCUAGAAUGUCUUGGUCAGAUGAGUGGGUGCUGAAGGGAAUCUCUGGCUAUAUUUAUGGUCUUUGGAUGAAGAAAACCUUUGGCGUAAAUGAAUAUCGACACUGGAUCAAGGAGGAACUAGACAAGAUAGUGGUGUAUGAACUGAAGACUGGCGGAGUCCUACUGCAUCCAAUAUUUGGUGGAGGAAAAGAAAAAGACAACCCUUCAUCACAUCUGCAUUUCUCUAUCAAACACCCUCACACUUUAUCAUGGGAAUACUACACCAUGUUCCAGUGCAAAGCCCACUUAGUCAUGAGGCUGAUAGAAAACAGGAUCAGCAUGGAAUUCAUGUUACAAGUUUUCAACAAACUGUUGAGUCUGGCCAGCACGGCCUCAUCCCAGAAGUUCCAGUCUCAUAUGUGGAGUCAGAUGCUGGUUUCCACAUCUGGGUUUUUGAAAUCCAUCUCCAACGUCUCUGGCAAAGACAUCCAGCCAUUAAUAAAGCAGUGGGUAGAUCAGAGCAGCGUGGUAAAGUUUUAUGGAAGUUUUGCAUUUAACAGAAAGCGAAAUGUCCUGGAAUUAGAGAUAAAGCAGGACUACACAUCUCCCGGGACACAGAAAUAUGUGGGCCCUCUGAAAGUGACCGUGCAGGAGCUCGAUGGAUCCUUCAACCAUACUCUACAAAUAGAAGAGAACAGCCUUAAACACGACAUCCCCUGCCACUCUAAGAGCAGACGGAAUAAGAAGAAAAAGAUCCCGCUCAUGAACGGAGAGGAAGUAGACAUGGAUCUUUCUGCCAUGGACGCGGACUCCCCUUUGCUCUGGAUACGGAUAGACCCAGACAUGUCUGUGUUAAGAAAGGUAGAAUUUGAACAGGCUGACUUCAUGUGGCAGUACCAGCUCCGAUACGAGAGAGACGUGGUUGCCCAGGAGGAGUCCAUUUUGGCCCUGCAGAAGUUUCCCACUCCGGCGUCACGGCUCGCGCUGACCGAUAUCCUUGAACAAGAACAGUGUUUCUACCGAGUGAGAAUAAUGGCGUGCUUCUGUCUCGCGAAGAUUGCGAAUUUCAUGGUGAGCACAUGGACGGGACCACCAGCUAUGAAGUCCCUCUUCACCCGCAUGUUCUGCUGUAAAAGUUGUCCCAAUAUUGUGAAAACCAACAACUUUAUGAACUUCCAGAGUUACUUCCUUCAGAAGACAAUGCCUGUCGCAAUGGCUUUGCUGAGGGAUGUCCACAACCUGUGUCCCAAAGAGGUUUUAAUGUUCAUUUUAGACCUGAUCAAGUACAACGACAAUAGAAAAAACAAGUUUUCAGACAACUAUUACCGAGCAGAACUGAUAGACGCGCUAGCAAACUCUGUAACGCCUGCCGUCAGCGUGAACAACGAAGCCCGGACGCUAGAUAAUUUAAACUCUGACGUUCGUCUCAUUCUUGAAGAAAUAACCCGGUUCUUAAACAUGGAAAAGCUACUACCCAGUUACAGGCACACCGUUACAGUCAGCUGCCUGAAUGCCAUUCGCAUACUGCAGAAAAACGGGCACGUCCCAAGUGAUCCUGCUGUCUUUAAGUCAUACGCAGAAUAUGGGCACUUUGUGGAUAUCCGAAUAGCAGCUUUGGAGGCAGUUGUUGACUAUACAAAAGUUGACAGGAGCUAUGAGGAAUUACAGUGGCUGCUGAAUAUGGUUCAGACCGAUCCUGUGCCCUACAUAAGACACAAGAUCUUGAACCUGUUGACCAGGAAUCCGCCGUUUACUAAGAACAUGGAGUCUCCUUUGUGCAAUGAAGCUCUAGUGGAUCAACUCUGGAAACUUAUGAAUUCAGGCACAUCCCAUGACUGGCGGCUGCGGUGUGGAGCUGUUGACUUAUACUACACGCUGUUCGGUCUCAGCAGGCCUUCCUGUUUGCCGUUGCCAGAACUUGGAUUGGUCCUUAACCUAAAAGAGAAGAAAGCUGUCCUGAACCCCACCAUCAUCCCUGAGGCGGGAUCAGCUGGCACGGAACCUGUUAACAACCCAAAUAAUCUGGGACAGAUGAUUGGCUUCCAGAGCUCUGAAGACGAUCACCUCCUCAAAGAAAUGGCAGCCAUGCCUCCUGCUCACCAACUAGGGCUGAAGAGGAAAGCCGACACGCCUCUGGGGUCCCCUCUGGAGCCAGGCCAGAUCCUCGAGAAGAACGAAGACAGCAAAGUCAAGCUCAAGAUCAGGUUCUCAAACUCUCAAGAGGAGGAGGAGAUCGACAUGGACACUGUUCACGACAGUCAGGCUUUCAUCUACCAUCAUUUGAACAAUCUGGAAAGACCGUCGACACCAGGUGUGGCUGGCAAGGAUGGGGUCAUGCCGGCCUCGCGGAGCCACCGCGGCAGCGGGCAGAAGAGCGCAUGCCUCGAGCCACAGGUUCCUACCCUGCCCCAUACCGAGCUUGAUCUGUUGGUCUGUCAUGUACUCCUCAGUAUCAGUCCGGGCUCUUUGACUUCGGCAGUUGCCGUCCUCAAUUGGGUUAUUGAGAGUGACGUGAACCCACAAGAUAGUACACAGAAUAGUGACCGGCAGGAUAACUUUCUGCAAUAG